AUGCAUGCUGGUGGAGAAUAUGGAUUCGUACCAGGAGGAUUGCUAUUUUUCCGAUCGAAAAAUGGUAAUAAGGGUGAUUACCAUGAUAGUAUGAAUCAUACAUGCUUCCUAUCAUGGUUUCAAACACAGCUACUGGUAAACAUUCCCGCUAGGUCGCUCAUUGUCUUAGAUAAUACUUCAUAUCAUUCAAAAAUACUGUACAGAGCACCUGUCAGCAGUUCAAGGAAAUCGGAUAUUUUCUCCUGGUUAACUAACCACAAUAUAGCUCAUGACCCUUCCUAUACCAAAACCGAACUUCUAGAUGUGGUAAAGCAGCACAAGUACCUCCAGGAGUAUGAAAUUGACAAAAUCGCUAGAGAUGCUGGCCAUGAGGUACUCAGGCUUCCUCCUUAUCACUGCGAGUUCAACCCGAUAGAAUUGAUUUGGGCACAAGUAAAAAAUGAAGUUGAGAAAUGCAAUUCAAAUCCCAAUCAGACUUUGACAAAUGUUGAACGUAUAACUAAAUGUGCAAUAGACAGAGUAACAGCAGAGGACUGGAAGUCAUGUAUGCGUCAUGCAAGAGAAGUGGGGGAUAUUUAUAGGAAAGGGAAUAUAACACGUGACCAUCUAACUGAGGAAUUGAUUAUAAACAUCACCAGUGACAGUGAGGAGUCGGAGAGCGAUGAUGAAUGA